CCUACGCGUUCACCCCCAUCGUAUCCGACCAUAAUUGCCAGCAGCUUGCAGAAGAUGCUGUGGCAGCUUCUCCACCUCCUCCCGCCAGUAUCAUGACAGCCUACGACGACUAUGGCUUCCCUGUAGGCGCUCAAAACCAAUAUCCUCCACCUCCGAGCUUCGCCGCACGUGUGCUACGCCAACUCCACGCAUUCACUAUACAGUAUAUCAUACCAUGGGUUCAAGAAAAGAUCCAACAAUGGAGAACUGGACGUUGGACUAUUCGUAGCGUCUUGACGCUGGUAAAGGGGAUAGCACUUGUCUGGUUUGUGGUCCUUUACUGUGGGGAGCGAUCAGUCUUCACAAGUAGCGUCGCCAAUUGCCAAUGGGAUAAUUGGGAGAAAUGGCCCCAGGACGCAUCACCGCAUAGACUCGUUUUCGUAGCAGAUCCUCAGUUGGUAGAUCCGCAUACCUACCCCGGACGACCCUGGCCAUUGUCCGCACUGACCGUGAAGUUCACGGAUGUGUACGUUCGCCGGACAUUCUCCCGUAUACAAACGGACCUAUACCCUGACACCGUAUUCUUUCUGGGAGAUCUGUUUGACGGCGGACGCGAGUGGUCUACCCGGUCAACCGUCAGUCCAGAAGCACAAUGGAGGAAGUAUGGCGACAGUUUCUGGCUCAGGGAAUAUAACCGCUUUGGUCGCAUAUUUUUCGACCAUUGGGGCGAUGGAGGGAUGGCACCGAGGCCUGGCCAACCAGGGCGUAAAAUUAUCAGCAGCUUGCCCGGUAACCAUGACUUGGGCUUUGGGAAAGGCAUUCAGAUGUCAGUGCGCAAGAGAUUCAAUGCGUACUUCGGAGACGGCAACCGGAUUGACAUCAUUGGGAAUCACACAUUCGUGUCCGUGGAUACUGUCUCGUUCAGCGCCCUAGGACAGGAGGACCCGCAUUCGGUUGAAGAUCUAUGGAGGCCCACCAUGGACUUCUUGGAUAACGUAAAAGCUAAUAAGAGACGAGCGAUGUUACGGGAGCUUCGACUCCAACAAGGCCUUCAGCCAAAUCUACCUUUCAAACACACAUUAUUCGACACGGAGGAGCUGGCAAAGGCUGAACUGCCUCGUUUCGAGGACGUCCUUUCCGAUUUUCCAACCAUACUACUCAGCCAUGUCCCACUUUAUCGUGAUAAGGGAACCCCCUGCGGGCCAAUGCGGGAACAUUGGCCGCCUUCACCACCACCCAAGGGACAGAAGGAGCCUUUAGAGAUAGACGAGCGAAACGCGAUUGCAGUACGGGGAGGCUACCAGUACCAAAACGUCGUGGCCAAAGAACUCACCAAGACCAUCACUGAGAAGAUAGAGAACAUCGGGUAUGCGUUUUCAGGGGAUGACCACGACUACUGUGAGGUUGUGCACCGCGGAUACUCAUCUGCUGGUGGUGGCAUCCGAGAGAUUACCGUCAAGUCUAUCUCCUGGGCGAUGGGAGUCCGAAAGCCCGGCGUUGUGAUGCUGAGUUUGUGGAAUCCCGUUGAUAGCCAUGGUAACAAUAUAGCUACCACCAACGGUGAUGGGUUUGAAGCUGGAGCUCCUACCGUACAGAGCCAUUUAUGUCUUCUACCUGACCAGCUCAGCUUGUUCAUCCGUUAUGCCAACCUCUUCGGACUCACGGUAUUCCUCCUAGCUAUUCGAGCUAUGCUUGUUGCAGCCGGACGUGUUUCGUCGAACCUGACUCACGUCGACAGCCCCGUCCUUCCAACUUCAGAAUACACAUCCUCGGCGGAAACAGAGAAGGCUGAGCUCUGUUCCCGCCAGUCGGACUCAUUCGACGGCUCUUCAUCUAAGUCCUCUGCUUCGGCAAACCAGAGAAAACUGUCCAUUCGAAAUUCGAAUGCACGAACUCGCAGCGCCAGUCCUGCAGGUGGAUAUGGCCUUCCUGCUACAGAGUCAAAGUAUACAUACCCCUUGGUUCAGCAUGCGGGCUAUUUCCCGCGAUCGGAGUCACCAGAACCUAGCAUAAAUACUAGUGCGAAACGGAGACCGAAGAAGCUAAAGGGAUUUUCACUUUUUACUGCGGAGUUAAAAUGGAGCAUCGUAAGAGUGGGGAGCAUUGUAUUUGUCUGGUAUCUUUGGUUAAUAUGGAAUUGGUAGUGGCUGGAAUAGAGCAUUGUAUGAUUAGCACUACGACUGUAUAUAAAAUAGCAAAGCUUUUGAUUACG